AUGGACAACCUCCAAGGCUACAGAGACGAAGACGACGAAGAAGACGAAGAAUCGAAACCCACCACCACCGCCACCGCCACAAUCACAACAACCGAACAACCCAUUGAACCAAGCGAAGCCAUUGACCCAAGCGAACCCACCACCGACGAGCCCGACGCCGACCCCAUUAACCCACAAUCCAACGACCUGCAAAACGGCAACAAAACCGAAACUGAAGCCUCCGAAGACCUCUCCGAGUCCCUGAAAUCCCAAGAAAACGACAACGACAAUGAAAACGACAACGACGACGAAGACCCACCUCCCAAGAAGCAGAAGCAGCUCUCUUCCCUCACGAUCCAGCUCUCUUCAGACCAAGAUCAAACCCCAUUGCCCCAACCCAGCUCCAACGGAGUCGCCCUCCCGGCCCCAACCGCCCCGAAUUCCAAGAAAUCGAAGAAGAAGAACAACAAUGUAUGGGUCACCAAGUCGACCCGAAAGGGGAAAAAGAAGAGCAAGGCCAAUAACAACAACAACCACAAUGCCCCUGCAGACGACACCGUUUUGAUCACUCCGGUGACGCGGUUCCCGGAUAAAACUGACGACACCCCGGACAUGACAAUCUGCCUUUCCAAGGUCUACAAGGCAGAAAAAGUCGAGGUGAGUGAGGACAGAAUGAGUGCUGGCAGUACAAAAGGGUAUAGAAUGGUUAGGGCCACUAGGGGAGUUGUUGAAGGUGCUUGGUAUUUUGAAAUAAAGGUGGUGAAUUUGGGAGAGAGUGGGCACACUAGGCUGGGGUGGUCCACUGAGAAAGGGGACUUGCAGGCGCCAGUUGGGUAUGAUGGGAAUAGUUUUGGGUAUAGGGACAUUGAUGGGAGUAAGGUGCAUAAGGCUUUGAGGGAGAAGUAUGGUGAGGAAGGGUAUAAGGAAGGUGAUGUUAUUGGGUUUUAUAUAAAUUUGCCGGAUGGGGGGUCGUAUGCCCCGAAACCGCCUCACUUAGUUUGGUAUAAGGGGCAGCGGUAUGCUUGCGCCCCUGACACGAAAGAGGAUCCUCCUAAAGUUGUGCCUGGAAGUGAGAUAUCCUUCUUCAAAAACGGGGUAUGCCAAGGAGUUGCUUUUAAGGAUCUAUAUGGUGGCCGUUACUAUCCUGCUGCUUCAAUGUAUACCCUUCCCCAUCAACCAAAUUGCGUGGUCAAGUUCAACUUUGGUCCUGAAUUUGAAUUCUUUCCAGAAGAGUUUGGUGGACGUUCAGUGCCCCAGCCCAUGGUUGAAGUUCCUUAUCAUGCGUUUGAAAACCGAGUUGAAAAUGGAGUCUCCGAUGAGAAGAAACAAUAG